AUGAUCAAAGCAAAACAGCAAGAUAAUUAAGAAGUUGAAGAAGAUAAUGAUGGAGAGGAAGCAUCUUUCUUCUAUCGCCAACCAUGUUCUUCAACGAAGUGCAGAGGAACUUGGUUCUUCAGUGGAUCAUUUGGUAAAAGAAUUUGAAGCUAAAUGGACACCUGAAGUAGGCGAUUAUUCGAGGAAAUUAGUGGAAUUUUGCAGCUCAAAGGCCCUCAUUAAAUUUUGUCAAAAUAUAAAAGAAAAGAUAAGCGAUGGAUCAUAUAGCCGCUUCACAUAUGAUAUGAUGCUUGCCUGGGACAACCCCAGAGCUGUGGACGAAGAGUCUUCAACUGAGGAGAGCAUUGGGAAGGAGAAAGAAGAUAGAAAAAUACAAGUAAAAGAGCAGACCGACCAGGAUGAUAUCUCUCUUUUCUAUUCAGACCAGAUGCCACUCCUUGUUAAUCAUGAACCAAGUGUUGAAGAAGAUGCUUUCAUGUGGUUAAGUUCAUUAGUUCCAUUAGCUGCUGAUAUCGUUAACCGAAGAUUCACAUUCGAAACUCUUACUGCACCUACCGGGAAGCGGCUUUUUUACCCUGCAUAUGAUCGAUUCCUAAAAGAAAUUGACAAUUGCAUGAGGCAUUUACAGAAACAAGCAAAACCGAAGGGUAUAGAGUUGGCUGAUGAUGAAUUUAUAUUGCAUGUUGAGGGAACAGCUACCUCACAAAGAGUGGUGCGCCAUAUCGGAGGCUCAAGUUGGCCUGGUAGGCUUACACUGACUAAUUGCGCACUCUACUUCGAGGCUUCUGGGGUGAUAAAUUAUGAAGAUGCACUUAAGAUAGAUCUUUCGAGGAAAAUUGAUCACAGUGUUAAACCAGUUGCAACAGGUCCAUGGGGUGCUCCACUUUUCGACAAAGCCAUAAUCUACGAGUCCCCUGACUUACAGGAAGGAGUUCUGCUGGAAUUUCCUGAGAUAACAAGCUCCACAAGGCGCGACCAUUGGCUAGCACUCAUAAAGGAGAUUCUGCUAAUGCACAACUUUUUGUCGGAUUUUAAGGUGGAGUGUCCAAUACAAGCAUGGGAGAUGCAUGCAAGGACCAUUUUGAGCAUAAUAAGGCUCCAUGCAGCAAGAGAAAUGCUAAGAAUUGCUCCCCCAAGUCCCACAGAAUUCUUGAUUUUCUCUUUGUAUGAAGAAUUACCCAAGGGGGACUAUGUACUUGAACAACUUGCUCAGAGCCUAAAGAGGGUAAAUAGUGGGCAACCAUGUAGUGCAAGCUCAAUAUUGAGGAAAUUGAACCUUCCAGAGCCUAAUGUUUUGAGUUUGGAAGCGAAAAUAGAGAGUGAAGUGAGUGAAACUAUUGCAGUUGGCAAGGAUGAUGAUAAUAAGACCUCACUUGAGACUGCCAUUAAUCAAGCGCGAAAGGAAGGAAGAGGAGUUGCCAAAGCUAGAGCUGUGAUGGAGGGGCUGAAAGAGGAAGGGAUCGGUGAAAAUGCUACCAUUCUUACGGAGCUACUGAAGCCACUAAGAAGUGUAUUCCUUUGGUUCCGUGAAAUCCUUUCAUGGGAAAGACCGGCAACUACUCUUCUGGUAUUUGCUGCAAUUAUACUAAUCGUAUACAAGGAAUGGAUUGGCAAGGCGUUAUCCGCAGGCUUGCUUCUGGUGGUAGCAAAUAUGAUACGAGCUAGAAAAGAAAGGCUCAAGGACAAACAAAAGGAAAUAGUUGUGUGCACAGGUUCCGACCAUACUCCGAGUACGAGAGAGAACAUAGUUUCAGCUCAAUAUGGAUUUUUGACGGUUCGUGAGAUAAUAAAGGAAGCAAAUGUAACAAUACUGAAAUUGCAUUCGGUUCUGGUUUCAAGGGCACACAAGCAUGCAAACACGGUGAUGCUCGCAAUGAUCGGAUUGGCAAUAAUGUUUGCAGUGAUUCCUUUCAAGUAUCUCAUAAUUGCUGUUGUGUUUCAUUCCAUGAUCACAACAUCACCGCUAGCAAAGCAUAUGGUAAACAACCAAGGAGGAGAUCGUGAUCGACGAUUGAAAGAGUGGUGGGAAUCGAUCCCGCCUACCCCUAUUCGGGUUAUUAACGAAGCCCCUGUCAGUCCGAAAUAGUCGUGCAUUUUUUGGUGUAAAAUGCUCAGAAUCGGGUCUAUCUAUCUGGUUUUUACACUUGUUUGCCAAAACUAGCUGAAUGUUUGUUUGAAAUAUACAUAUUCAUCACAGGUUAGAUUUUGUUUUA